AAGCGCGAACUAGUCGUUAAGAUUCGUGUCGUGACUUCUUAAAAUUUGUCAUAUGCCUUCACGAUCGUAUUCUUAUCUUGUUCGCGUGACUGCAAUUGACCGCAUUCGUUACCCCGUGCACCCCCAUUUGUUCCAGUUAUAUUUCCACGAAUACGAUUUCAUACUUUGCGAAAAUGAUAUGUUCCAAUUAAUUUCCAUUUUAUCGAGAACACGGCAAAGAACCAGCGCCACGAUUUAUUCCCCGAAACGCGUAUUCGUGCUUUACGCCAACCACCGCGAGAUAAACGAGAAAAAGCGAAAGCUUUGUUCAAGAAACAGAAUAUGGGUCAGUAAUCAUCGGAGUCUCCGCUUCUCUUUUUCUUUCGGUGUUUCCACACGUUGGACGCGCAAAAUAAUAGCAGGACAGUGAUCGUCCAAGCAGCCACCAUUUGUUUGUUUCCCCGUUUCCUCCGGGCUUCCCGCUUUUCUCUUGUUUUCGGACUAGUUUUCGCGCUUACAACCCAGCAUGCAAACUUAGUCCUGAGAAUCGGGAACACGUGCAUUUUCCGUUUUUAUUCGCGGUUCGUUAACGCGAUUUUAACACGGAUUCAACGUGGCAUUCCUGGCAUUUCACCGAUUGCCACGGCCUGCAAUGGGCGGCAAAUUGUCAUCGGCACCGACAGGUGGUCGUCAAUCGGACACCUUGCAAAAAGCUUCGACAGGGAUGCGGCUUCGUUCGCUCGAUUGAUCAUAUUGGAUUACAAAUUGCCACAGAACGCCCAUGCGUCGAUCACGCAAUACCAUCGGCGAUUUCAAAUAUUCUUAGAUUCUAUUUGCUGCGAUAUUUGCAGGAGAGCGUCUCGGUAAAAAAGCGUAGAAAACGCUCGAGAACGCAUUGUAUCGAAAGGUAAAUCGUGCAUGGCCAAGCGGUCCAAGCCACGUGAUCGGCAGGUGGGAUUGGUGGCGGUCCAAAGGGCAGAAGCAGGAUCAAUAAGACAAAGACUGGUUUUCCGUGAUGCAUGGCGCACCUGCUCUCCGGAGCGACGCGAGGAGAGCGAAUUCGAUCCGUUUAUCCUUUAUCGAAAAUCUCGAGGCAGAAUUCAUUCUUCGCGUAGAGAAAGAUUUUCAUAGCAGCAUCAAAUUGGCUGAGCAAGUUUCGCUGGCGUUUCGAAACAGCGUACACGGGCGAACGAGCACGUUGCGGAUCACGGUGCAUAGCCUUUCCGAUCACGUUUCGUUAAUCCGUGAACCAUUGCAGCGAACAUGAGAUUCAAUAUAACAAAUGAAUCAACUUUUUCACAGAUCGAGAGCCCACGACCUUCCCAGAAAGGAACGCUAGAUCCUUCAGAGGGGCCUACGGAGGGUCCCGAAGGGACUGAGCGCGUGCCAUCUGCCGGGACUAGUUCUUCGAGUACCGGUUGCCCUUUACCGAAACGUGCAACACGUAGCCAGCAGCCUUUUAAAUCGACUACUUCGGCAAUCACGCUGGAAAAAAAACUGGAGAAUGGAGAGAAACGGGAGGAAAACAGUGGGAAAAAACGAAAGGAACCGGAAGCGAGGGAACAGGAAGAUAGGCCGGGUGAGAAAGGAAUAAGAGGGCUCGGAACACCGGAAGGAUCAAGAAAGACGGCCGCACGGAAGAGGAAGAGAGACGCGGCAGGGGCGUAGAGAAAUCGGGAAACGGCGAAAAGGCCGGGAAAUAGGGGAAAUGCGAGAGAAACGAAGAGCGGCGAGGAUAAAUGGGGGCGGUAGGGAGGCGAACCGAGAUCGAGAAAACCUUCGGUUGGGGCGCGACGGAGAGAGGAUGGGUGAGUCAGUGAAACGACGCCGAGAAACAUUUUUCCAUCGAACGAUAUAAUCGAAAUUAUUUGGAUUCGUUAAAUCGACUCUGCGUCGUUCCGCUAUGGAUGCACCUACCGCUCGAUAAACGCAAACAACCUAACGUACCGAGCUUGCGGUUUGCGAAAGCUUUUGCUGUACAAGCAGUUUCCUAACGUACGUUGUACAAAGCUUUAACCCUUCCGACUAUUUUUCGUAAUUACCUCGAACUGCUUAACGGCGCUGAAUUUCGACACCGACGUUGCGCAAGUUUUAUUAUACCGAGCGAAAUAAAUGUGCAUUAUAAUGUAUACGGGGGUUAACGUUUAACGAUCGUCCCGAUACGGGCUGAACGAGGUCGAAUCGAUCGAGGCUUUGACGGGAUCGCAGGAUGCAUCGAGUCCCGUGAGUCUCGUAAAAUCGAUACUCGUGUUUUUCAGCGUGGGUCACUGGUUUCGUAACUCGUCAGAACAGCUGCACGAUACGUUCACUUUUCAUAAGUUCCUUGGUUCGGAAGGAUAUUGUACCGGUGCGAACCGUGAAAGGUUACGCGAUAGCGGUUGCGGCAAUCGUGGCGAUCGUUAAUCGCGAGAUUUGGAAAUGUAUACAUCUCGAGUGACUGUACGAUUACGCGGACGAUCGACGGGAAACGAGUCCUCUCGAUCGUCUGCGUGGUCUCGUAAUCUCGAUUGCGCGGUAAUUAAGAUACCGAUAGGGAUGCCGUUAGCCGUUUGGCACCGAGAGAGAAAGCGAGAGACGGGUAGGAGGAAGUAAUAAAUCGAAAACAGCUUAGAGGCCGAGAUCGUCGGGAUUCUAAGCAAUUCGAUUACACGUAGAUCCGCUUGUUAUCCGCGAAAUAAAAAAGUAAAGAAAGAAAAGAAGGUCGAUAAAAGAGCGACAGAAGCGGUGCGGCGGUGGCGGAGGUUUCCGAGUCGCUUCGGAGAACCCCUGUAGCGCAAUCGAGCAGCGAGCAGCGAGCAGCGAG